UGAUCCCAAGCGUUCACUGUAGUUUUCGGUCAAAGUUACUAGGAGGUAGCCUACGGAGAGUAUCCAGCAUCCAGACAGCGAGUGUAAGCAUUCAGGGGAGGGCGAAGUAAGUGAUGCUGAGCCAAUGGAGAUACUCGUGCGAGAAGCAUCUGCCCGAAACGCGAACUAACCGCUGGCAGAACGCAACCGUCUCCGCGUCGAGAUUCUCAUCCGACUGAAGUUUGAAGAAGCUCGCUCUAAUUCACUGACUGACUGGAUUCGCUCGAGCUAAACAAAACAGAAAGGCUGAUGUUUAUCCCACGGAUCUGCAGGACCGCACAUACCCGUCAUCUCCAAAAAAAUCCCAGAAGACCCUUCCUUCUAUGUGGAUUAAAGUCUAUAACAGGGAAACUAGAGCUUAAACAACUGGGAUUUUCCCAUGUUCUGUAGGAAAUGAGACUUUGGCAUCUGUCUUUUCUCUCUACAUGGACGAAAAGCCAAGGAAAGUGUACUAAAAGCUGACCGACAGGAUUAAUUUAACUUACAAAACUUACAAAAAACCCAAAGAAGACCCUGAUGGUGUCAUAUGAUAUGGACUAAAUCUACUCCGAGCGCCUAGCUGCAGUACUUUAACUCCUAAUGAAACUGAUGUUUUUCUGAAUAAUUCAUAGUCAGUCUGGAGCUGUUAGCCCUCCCGCACUGUGUGUUGUAGCAUGUGGCUGGGGUUCAACAUCCACAGCAUCGUAAUUACACAGCAGAACCGAUUUAGACCAAGGAGGAAACAUCUGUACAUCUGGAGAUAUGCUGCUGUGUAGAGGGAUGCACAACGCUGGAGACAUCUGAUCUACUUUUCUCACAUCUUUGGUUCUCUUUACCUAUUUGAUUACCCAAAAGAAGCCCAAGAGAUCCCGCUCUCUCUCACACAUGCACCUAGUAAACUUUCUAGUGCUUGUCUUUCUCUCCACCACUGACAUCCCAUUCACACAUCCCACUAUAAUGAAGCCUUUAAUUAAUGAUGCACAGGUUCAAAUUCGCCUGGUUCAGUGACUAUCCAGGGCUGUUGGUCCCUGCAGACACAGUGACCUUUGGAGAGGGCCAGAUUACUGCUCUGUGGCCAAGCAUUUUCACACACACACACACACACACACACACAUGGCCAUGCACAUGCAUGUACGUCCACCCUUGAGCCCCUGGCAGUAAAUAGUGAAUGGUAAAUGUCAGCGCUCUGGCCGUUGAAUUACACAGUUUAUUUGAAUAAGUGUUAGAGCACCACAAUCCCAUCAACAGCUUGCCUCUGUCCACACAUCGGCCUUCAGCAAGCUGGGAAUUUUCUCUUUGAUUAGCGGGAUUAUAUUGACUUUUAUCUUGAACUUGCUCUGUUACUGUCUCUCUUUUCCUGUUCCUUGCAGCGGCAGCCAUGAGGGUCGCACCGACACAUUUGGCAGGACCACAGAGCAGCAUUCCAUGUGGAUAAAUUAGUUUAUAUCGUGUCGGGGUUACACAUUCUUGCCAUAUUUUUUACAACUGCACGGCUCGUGGAAGACAACGGGAAAGACUUAACAAGGCCUGAUGCACCUUUUAAGAGCAGCAACAAAAAUUGAUAAAUCAUCAAGAGGGAGUGAGGGCUAGUUCUUCACAGCCAGCGCUGAAGGAAACGCUCAACUCCCUCCACCUGCUGCCUCUCCUGCUCUCUAGCCUGAUGGUUUGUUGAUGCAUUUGCCUUGAUUUUUCCGUUCCUCAGCCCUCCCCCUUAUAAUGCUCUGUUGCUGGUGUGCCGUCCUGGAGCCAUGCCCAUCCCCGAGAUGGCUUUGAGCCCGGUCAAGUCUUUGUACUGGGAGGUGUUCCCCUCCAUGGCCACGCAGCGGGUGUACUGCACGCCUGUGCUCUGGGCCGGGAGCCUCUAUGUGCUGGGGGGCUGCAGUGAGAACGGCCUCCCUCUGGACUCUGCCGAGGUGCUGGAUCUGGAGAGCCAGCACUGGUGCGAGCUCCCCCCUCUCCCCACCGCUCGGGCCGGGGCAUCCGCCGUGGCCGUUGGAGACCAGCUGAUGGUCAUGGGAGGCAUGGACGCGCAGCAGAGGCCGCUGGCCUCAGUGGAAGUGUAUCACCCUGACGAGGGCAAGUGGGAGAGGAAGACUGGACUGGGCCAGGCCUCUAUGGGCAUCACCGUGCUGGAGAACGAUGGCAAGGUAUAUGCACUGGGCGGGAUGGGAGCCGACACGACUCCUCAGGCCUCAGUGAGGCUGUAUGAGCCGACGAAGGACCAGUGGCUGCCCCUCACCUCCAUGCCCACCCCGCGCUACGGAGCCUUCUCCUUCCUGCGCGGAAACAAAAUCUAUGUUCUGGGUGGGCGUCAGGGCAAGCUGCCAGUGACCGCAUUCGAGGCUUUCGACCUUGAGAUGAAGAGCUGGACGCGGUACCCGUGCAUCCCCAGCCGCAGAGCGUUCUCGUCAUGUGCUGCCAGUGACAGAGCGUUUUUCAGCCUAGGGGGUCUUCAGCAGCCAGGACCCCACAACUUUUACUCCAGACCUCACUUCGUCUCCACUGUAGAGGAAUUUGAUUGUGAGCAGGGUGUGUGGUUGAGGGCCACACGGAGCUGUCGCAUGAGAGAGAAGCGGGCAGACUUCGUAGCUGGCUGUCUCGGUGGAUGGGUCAUCGCUGCGGGGGGACUCGGUAACCAGCCGUCCCCGCUGGCGUCAGUGGAGAGUUAUAACCAGCUGAAGAGGAGAUGGGAACCCGUGGCUCCGUUACCCAGCCCUCGCUGCUCCUGUGCCUCCAUUCAGACCCCCAACAUGCUGUUCCUUAUCGGAGGGGUGUCCCAGGGUCCCAGCAACGCCGUGGAAGCCCUCUGUUUGAAAGAGACAGUCUGACACACACUAAUGAACAACUACACAAAUCCUCACAUGCUGUACUUUCUGCAGUGUAAGCUCUGCAAACACACACUCGUGCAUACUGACGUCAAGCUGACGUGUAUGUCUCCGACAAAUAUUCACAGACUUUCCCCGCAGAGGACACAUCAGCUUUAUUUUUUGAAUAGUGGAGACAAUCUACUGGAGCUUGGACAGCGUUCCACAGUUCUGCUCAGAGGAGCUUUGGACUGGAGAUCUAAGACAAGCAAAAAAUACAUAAAUAUAUCAUUCAUCUAACUAUAUUAAAUAUAGCAAUGUAUUAAUACAUAUAAUUAUUAAUAUAUAUAAUUAUAAAUAUAUUAGUAUUAUAUACAAAUAGUAAUAUAUAUUUAAAUAGAUAGACAGGCACCUGCUACACUCCAGACGCCUUUGGACUGUACAGCAUUUUUCAGUAUCAAAGCAGGGUCAUUUUCUGGCAAAAUAAGAGGAACUUAGGGCCAUAUCCACCACGCUGCCACAGCACCCGUCUGAGGUAGCAUGUUUAGCACUUUUUGUAUUAAUGACAAACCGAGGAUCUUCUGCUUGAGACUUCAGAAUUGGGAGGUGGAUGUGUGUAUGUGUGUGUGUUUUUGUACUUUCAAGGCCAUGCAUGUAUGAAAUUGUGCAUUGUUAUGAGUGAAAAGAGCAACUCUUAAAACGGUAAGUCACAGAUUCCUCACUGUAGCAUGAGACAGGGGAGAUGGAGGAGGACAUGGUUCAUCCUGCUGCUUAAUUAAAGGAAUGUUCUGGGUUCAAAACAGGUUUAGCUUGAAAGUACCAGAAAUAUACUGUCGAUUAACACAGGUUAUCAUUUUAAUGUGUCCCUUAAAACAAGCAAAAAAAAAAAGUUUACAGUAAUUAUCUUGCAAUGGAUAUUUAAGGGGUAAGGCAUGUAUUUUUAUUAAAGUGGUUUUAUUAAUUCAUCUGUACAAAAAUCUCUUAUUUAACCUUUUAUUUAUUAAGAUUUUUAGUGUUUUUGAAAAACUCACCAAGACUCCAUGUAUUUGAUCAAAUAUGAAGUAAA